AGCCUCAUAAUUAGUUUCCCAAAUCCCUCACUCUCUCUUCUCUUUAAUUUUCUCUCUAUCUGCUAUAGAGAGUGAGUGAGGGGAGUUAUGGAGAAGAUGGCACUCACUGUUAACGGUUCUUUAUUCUCCACCACACUUCCUAAAACCUCUUCACCACUCUUCUUAUCUAACCAAUUGUUUGGCCUUCCCUUAUCUUCUUCUUCUUCUUCUUCUUCUUCUUCUUCAACCGCCGCUAAACCACGCCUGCAAUUUGCUUCAAAGAGCACUACUUAUGGCCCCAUCAAAUGUUCUGUAUCUGAAGCCACAGAACCCAAAGCUGAGAAGAAGAGGCAAUUGAUGAGAAGAGGAGAUGUAAGAAACAUUGCGAUUGUUGCUCACGUUGAUCAUGGGAAAACAACUCUUGUUGAUGCCAUGUUGAAACAAACAAAGGUAUUCCGUGAUAAUCAAUUUGUACAGGAAAGGAUAAUGGACUCAAAUGAUUUGGAGCGUGAAAGAGGAAUCACAAUCCUAAGUAAAAAUACAUCUGUAUCCUAUAAAGACACAAAGAUUAAUAUAAUAGAUACUCCUGGUCACUCUGAUUUUGGGGGUGAAGUGGAGCGCAUCUUAAAUAUGGUGGAAGGAAUCCUUCUAGUGGUAGAUUCUGUUGAAGGGCCAAUGCCACAGACAAGAUUUGUCUUAAAGAAGGCUUUAGAGUUUGGCCAUGCAGUUGUUGUGGUUGUGAAUAAGAUAGAUAGGCCUACUGCUCGCCCUGAAUUUGUUGUCAAUUCUACUUUUGAACUCUUCAUUGAACUAAAUGCAACAGAUGAACAGUGUGACUUUCAAGUAAUAUAUGCAAGUGGUAUAAAAGGGCAAGCAGGGUUGACUCCUGAAAAUCUGGCUGAAGACCUUGGGCCAUUGUUUGAAUCCAUCAUCAGAUGCAUCCCUGGACCACGUAUUGACAAAGAUGGCGCACUUCAAAUGCUUGUUACGAAUAUUGAGUACGAUGAACAUAAAGGGCGCAUUGCAAUUGGGCGCUUGCAGGCUGGAUUUUUAGAAAAAGGCCUGGAUGUCAAGAUAUGUACUUCUGAAGAUUCAUGUAGGUAUGGAAGAAUUGGCGAGCUUUACGUGUAUGACAAAUUUAAUAGGGUCCCCGCAGAAAGUGUGGAGGCUGGUGAUAUAUGUGCAGUAUGUGGAAUUACUGAUAUUCAGAUUGGGGAGACAAUUGCUGAUAAAGUAAAUGGGAAGCCGCUACCUUCCAUCAAGGUGGAAGAACCAACAGUGAAAAUGUCUUUCUCCAUUAACACUGCACCUUUUGUCGGCCGUGAGGGAAAGUAUGUUACUAGUAGGAAUUUAAGGGAUAGGCUAUCUCGUGAACUUGAACGAAAUCUAGCUAUGAAAGUUGAAGAUGGUGAAACAGCAGAUACAUUCAUUGUCAGUGGGCGUGGAACUUUGCAUAUCACCAUACUCAUAGAAAAUAUGCGAAGAGAAGGAUAUGAAUUCAUGGUUGGGCCUCCCAAAGUUAUCAACAAGACAGUGAAUGACAAAUUGUUGGAACCUUUUGAGAUUGCAACUGUGGAGGUACCUGAAGAGCACAUGGGCGCUGUUGUUGAGCUUCUUGGCAAAAGACGAGGGCUAAUGUUUGAUAUGCAAGGAGCUGGAUCGGAGGGAACAACGCUACUCAAAUAUAAGAUCCCAACUCGUGGCCUUCUUGGAUUACGGAAUGCAAUUUUAACUGCUUCCAGAGGGACAGCUAUUCUCAACACUGUUUUUGAUAGCUACGGGCCUUGGGCUGGUGACAUUAGUACUCGAGAUCUAGGAUCACUGGUUGCUUUUGAGGAAGGAGCAAGCACUUCUUAUGCAAUCGCUAGUUCACAGGAGAGAGGACAAAUGUUUAUUGCUCCUGGAGUGGAAGUUUACAAAGGUCAAAUUGUUGGCAUCCAUCAGCGACCUGGGGACUUGGCUUUGAAUGUUUGCAAGAAAAAAGCUGCAACGAAUGUACGUUCCAACAAAGAACAAACAGUGAUUCUCGAUACACCGUUGGAUUAUAGUCUGGAUGACUGCAUCGAAUACAUCCAAGAAGAUGAACUGGUAGAGGUCACCCCCCAAAGUAUCCGAAUGUGCAAGAAUCCAAAAGCCACAAACAAAAAAAGGUAGACUUCCACUGUGAAGCAGUAACUUGCAGAUGUUUUUUGAGGUAUCACUGCUGAAACUGCAUAACUCAUUAAUGCUGUUGCUGCCAAAGUGAUGAAGAGGAAAAUCACCAGCUUUUGAUGUAAUGUUGCAUAUACUAUUUCCAAAACUGCAGAAUAAUAUAGGAGUUGACUUAGAGCCGUAUUCAUUGUAGCUAUUGCUCACAGUUAAUUUACAGAGCCAAAGUUACACUGAAUUUUGUUCACUUGUUUUGUAAAGUGACUAUACAUUAGCAUUAAGGGACAUCAAAACAUGAAUUGUUCGUGAUAAGGUGAUUGGUUGGUGAAUAGCAAUACUACACGAAUGCCUUGGGUUAAAUUUCCAGGGAGAUUUAUAAUG